ACAUUUGAAAGCUAUCCUUGCUUAAUGGUCGACAAGAAAAAAGCUUUAAAGAAAAAAAAAUGCGUUAAGUAUCUACCACUACAAUGGUCAAAAAAAAAGAAAAGUUCAAAAGAUAAGAAAAAACGCGUAAGGACCCACUACCACUAUCUCCACAAUUAUAGUUAAAAGCAUCAUUUGCUUAAUAGCCGACAAGAGAAAAAGCUUUAGAGAAAAGGAAAAAUACGUAACCAUCUUUCACUACAAUGGUCAACAAGAUGAAAAAGUCUAAAAGAAAAGAAAAACCGGCAUAAUGACCUACUCUUCCCACUACUUCCACCGAUGUUCCUACCGCUACCGCUACCACCACCGCUAUCGCUCCCACUACCACUACAUUGUUUAAAAGAAAAGAAAAACCGGCAUAAUGACCUACCCUUCCUACUAGUUCCACCGAUGUGCCUACCGCCACCGCUAUCGCUCCCACUACCACUACAAUUGAAAAGCUAGAUUAAUGGUCAAAAAGGCACUGGGUAGGGCCGUUUUCCAUUUUCUCAACAUGAGCGACCAAAAAGCCAACGAGGCGGUCGGUAGGGCUAUUUCCUCGCAGCUUCGUGUUGCUUAAUGGUCAAAAAAGAAGAAAACGCGUAACACGAUGCAUGGGGGACGGAAAACGCGCAUUGGAAUAAAAAAAAAAGGAAGCU